GUCUACUGGUAUUUUAUAGUCUGUUUGCCUGUUUUUUGUUUCAGCAAAAGUGUUAGUACAGCUGUACUCGAAGCGCGGACUCGCCAACUUGCGGCUUCAGUGGUGCGUGGACGGCACUUUUACGGGCAGAGUUCCGUAUCAAAAGCACUGCUGGCUGCUGAUGUGUCGCGCACUGCCACGGGGGCCAGUACUCACGGCUGGCGCCUUUGUCGGCGAGCAUCAACCGACAGAUGCAGACUUUCUGCAGUGGUUCGUGGCAAGCGCGAACGAAGCGGUCCGGACCGGGCUGCCGACCGGGCGCGGCGACGGAUCGUGCGUCCCCCUUGAACUGGCGCACUUCAUCGGGGAUGUGGCUGCACGUGCCCUGGCGAUGGGAACUAAACUUAGUGGGUACGAUGCUUGCCCGAAAGGGCAUUGCGAAACCGUAAUGGUAGGCCGUGUACCAUACUACCCUUUAGAAGAAGGUCCGGAGCGGGCGACGGAGUGCUUUGCUGAGCCUCCGACAAAGCGGAAGUUUGUCUGCAGGCCGUCGCCGGUCCACGGAUUAGCGUCCUUCCAUCCGGUCAAGGACGUUAUAGCGUGUGACUUGGUGCACGGGCUAUAUGGAAGCAUCAUGCCUCGCAUUAUGAAGUUGGCUAAGGGCAAGAACGGCGUAUUACGCCAAGCUAAGGCCCUGUGUCGUUGCCUGCCGGCCGAGGCACCUCGGCAAAUACCACAAGCCAAGCUAGCAGCCAUCACUCGGAAAGACAUUAGAAUUUUAAGUUCUGAUUUGUACAGCGGCUAUCUGGACGAGGCGCAGAUUUUAUUGGCAGGGUUCCUUGAGUGGUACCAGGAGGCAUGCGGUAUGGUGCUAAUGCCCCGGCAUCUGCUGCUGCACUUAGCUACAGCAGUAAGACGGCACGGCAACCUCCGGCAGAAAAGACAAACACAGUGCUGGUCGAUAAAAUAUGAACAUCAAAGCAGGGCUACGACCCGGGUUGUUUUGGGGAAAGUGGAAAUUUUUAGCUAUUUUGAACAUUUCGGGAGCAUCGCAGUAAAGAUAAAGGAUCCUACAAACUCCGGGAACCCAUCUAUCUGCGGCCGAGAUGCGGCGGGAGGAAAUCAUCUGAAGCCGCAAUCAUCACAGCAAGGGCAUCUGCAAAUAAGAAUACGAAUGAGCUUAUCGGUGCAACUCACAUGCGGAACAUCCGUAUCCGCUCUCAUCCUUGGACUCAUUUAACUGCCGAAAUUUUAAGAAGCUAGCCGACGAGACGGUG